GGGUGGGGAGAACCAAGGUGUCCAGCUUCGGGCGUGGGAGCAGGAGGGACGGGUUACGAAGUGCCGGAGGAUCCCAGGUCUAGCUUCCACAGGGAGCUCAAGGCUAUCUAGUCCAACCCCUUCAUUUUACUAUUGAGAAAACUGAGACCCCGGAAGGUCUCAGUGAUUUGUCUAAGAUCACCCGGGUAGGAAGAAGGGCGGGAGCUUUUGAGUCUGGGGAGAUUCCCUCAUUCGGUAUCUUAGACGUGAAUGGGCCUUCCCUUCCUCUCCUCCCCUUGAUUUCUUUUCUCUCCCUUGACAGUGCUUGUCAGUGGUAUCGAAGAUAACCCUACCCCACCCCCAGCCCCUUUUAAUUUACCUAUCCCUGAAGGUGACCUCAGAAAAGGGUAUUGCAUGAACUUCUUGGUUUGGGGAGCGGGCCCCUGAAACUACGCCCUCUGAUCUUUGUGCAGCAUCAGCUUCUGCCGAUGAAACAUGAAUAGAGGAGACCUACCGUUUAUUAUAACUCGGAAAACUAAUGAUAUUGACAGCCUUAAAAUUCGCCUGAAAAAUGGAUUGAGUUGUUCCAAAUACAAACCAGUAGACUAUCAGCAAUUAUAUGCAAUUACUGAAGCAAAAAAGUUAAUGUCAGAUGCUAUACAGUUAAAGAUCCAGAAAACAGAGCAGACUUCAAAAAUAUCUAAAGAUCAAAGGCUAAUAAAACAACAUAAGAAAGUAUGGUGGCAAGAGCACAAAAGGCUCCAUGAAAUCAGAUAUAAAACAGAAUCUGAAAUUAAAAGUUUUUUUGAUGAACAGAGCACUGGAAAUGAAUGUCUUUUCAACCUCAAGGAUUUUGAACUUGCAUUAUCAGAAGAAUGGAACAAAUAUCUACAGAAUGUACUAGAACCUAUCUUCCAGUUGAAAGAAGAUUUGAAAUGUAAAUCUGAGUUGCUGUUUGAUACUUCAAACCCAACCUCAUCAGAAAAUGUGUUUGAUGCACAGAAGAUGAAAGAAGAGGUUGAAUUAGUAAAGAAACAAUUGAAGACUAUUUUUAGAAGACUUACUCAUGAACAAAUGCUUUUGGAACAGGAACUUGCAGAUUCUGGAAUAAAAGUAUUAAUUCAUCGUUCAGAAGAAAAAAUUGACCAGUUUCAUGAACUCCCUUUAGAGCUACAAACUUUGAAUUGUCCUUAUCCUGAUUUGAAAUCUUCAAUUCUUAAGGAGUUUUUAAAAUUUACAGAGGAAUCUUGGAAGAAACUUGAAGAGAUUGAACAACAUUUAAAAGCCAUACACAGGAACUUUGAGUUGAAUGAAGAAGAUCAAUGGAUUUACCAGAUAAUUGUAGAUCAGUAUCCAAAAGAUAUUCAGGGAAGAAGAGCUUUAUAUUUGGAUAUGUUACAGAGAUAUUUACCUCACAAAUCUAGACAUGAUCUGGUUACACAUGAGAAAUAUUGGAACCAAUAUUGUUUAACCAAGGAUCAGAGAAGAAUUUUCUUAUUAAAUUGGGCUAAGGAUAAGAAAGACUUUAUACAAAAAGCUGUAACAACUGUUGCAGAAGCACAUACUGCUUAUGAAAUGGAGACCAUUUUGGCCCAUGACAGAAAAAAGCAACUGGAACUCUGUGCUGAUCUGAAAGAAAAGGUUCUUCAGUGGCGAGCACAUCAAGAAGAAGAAGCAAAGCUAGAAUACAACAUUAUUAUUAGAAGAAGAGAAAAAGAAAAGAAGGAGGAGAAACUUCGGAAAGAGAAAGAAAUAUUGCAGAGGGAAGAGGAGAAAAAAAAAAUCAAAGAGUACUGGGCUAAAAAAGAGCAAAAGUGGCAAGAAAUAGAAAAAAGAGAUCUUCAGCGCCUGGAACAAGUAAGGAGAAUAUUGGCUGAACAAGCAAUUAAAGACCAAGAAAGGGUCAAAUUUAGACAGGAAUUACUGGAAAAGCGCUGGAUGGAGAAAAAAGAAAUGGCCAUUAAGGAAACAAAGGAACAAGAAGAAAGAGAGAAGAGGCUAGAAGCCCUUAGAAAACAGGUUUCCAUUGUGGCUCAAGUUGAUCCUGUUAGAAUGAUGGCAGAUACAUUGGCUUCAAAAGCCAAAAUGGGAAUCGGAACCGAAGAAGAAUUUGUUCUUCAAAAGCCACUCUUCAAAUUGAAUACAUAUACAGAACCCCAGAUAAUUUCUGACCCCAGACUUCGUAUUGAGUUAGCUCUUCGAGAAGCUGGACUUCAUAGAACACUUUAUGCAAAAGAGAUCUUGCCAAAAAUUAGUCCUUAUAAACUUCCAAGAAGAGACAUGGUAUCUACUGUCUUUCAGAUGUAGACUUCAGGCAUAAGUCCCAUGAUAUAUGAGCAAGAGCCUUCUUUUGAUACAGUUCUGUCAUCUUUAAUAUGUAAACUAUUCCCAAAAGAAUUGUGUUAACUAUCUAUUCAGUAUGAUUUAUAUUUAAUUAUUAAUAUGUUGGGUUAUUUCAUCUACUAAAGAAAUUCUUAUAUGAUUCUCAGUAACAUUUUGAAUUGUUCUCAUAUCUUUAAAAAAUAAAAUUUUGUUAUCAUA